CUGUAGACCGACGCUUCUGCGCUCCUGCGCGAAUCUCCGAGGACUCUCGCUGAAACGCUCUGAGGGAUACACGCUCGUUUUCUCACCUCUGAGGGAUUAUUCAUUUUCUUCAGCACUACUUUACUGCAAACUAUGGAUAUAUACGUUUGGAUUUCCGUGUUAUCAGUGAUGUACUCCUGGAUUUCCUCCACAGUCCUGUCGGCCCCCGCCGGAGACGCGCUCACUGCCUCCACCGUCAAAGAGGGGCGCCAUGUGCGGACCAAACGCUGUUCCUGCGCAUCGUUCCAGGACAAGGAGUGCGUCUAUUUCUGCCACCUGGACAUCAUAUGGGUCAACACACCUGAGCGCGUGGUCUCGUACGGACUCGGCAACGCUCCGCGGACGCGGCGCGCGCUCGCGGACUCCAGCGCACCCAGGAGCGUAGCUCGCUGCCAGUGUGUCCGGGAAAACGACAACACCUGCCUGAACUUCUGCCGGCCUGAAAACCGCCUCAGGUAUGAGACAACGGCCGACGUGGUGAUUCGCUCCCCCGGGGGCGACGACGGUGCUGGGGCGCAGCGCAAACACAAGCUGGCAGCAGACACGGACAGGAUUAAGAGGUUGAAGAACAACAGUGAUAAACGGGCACCGCCUCCAGCGCUCAGGGCUGCGCUGAAAACCCGCCUGUUCCUGGAGAAGUGGAGGGUGAGACAGCACCACAGGGCGAGAGCAUGGGAGGGCGAGAGCGUGGCCUCCUAAAGAAGACUGCUUUCCUCUGCACUGUCAUACAGAGGCAGGAAGGGGCUUUAAACCUUCUCUAAAGCCAGCGGGGACUUCUGUGCAGCAGCGCCCCUCAGGAAGGAAGCGGGUAGCCCGCAUAAGGCCGGCUAUAACCGACUCCAUGUCGGUUUCACGAGUGCAGCAGAGCAGAGAGCACAGACAGCUCGACCGGGCUGCACUUCUUCAGACGCCAGAAUGACGUUAGAGACAUUACAAGGAGUUCGGGUGAAAGGAGACAAGCUGAAAAAGAGAACUUGGCCACAAUCUGCAAAAAUCAAGGACACUCAUUGAUCUUUUCAGAUGUCACGGUCAGAGACUCACGUUUAUUGACUUUACAAACAAACAAACAAACAAACAAACAAAGCAAAAAAAAAACCAGACACCAAAUAACAUUUCAUGAACCUGAUAUUACAGAGAGGAAUGUACUCAAAUCUUUCUAACAGAAUAAAAAAAAAAUCUCUGCUGUAUAUUCUGAAAAUGCCAUAGUUUCUUUUUCCUAGCACACAACUGCAAUAACAGAUCAUCUGUCAGUAAAAGGGAUUAUGUGCCUUGUAUCAUGGCUUUGCUCGAGACAUGUUUUCACUGACUGAAACUGUAUUUACCUAACAGGGUGUCUCCUGUGUGUCAGCUGCUGGGAGCCUUUUUUUUGUAUUCCAGAUGUUAUCACUGAUUUCUUGCCAUUCACUCAUCAUAAUUUAUGUUUUCAGUAACUUUGUUGCUUACAUGUGCUGCUCUCUAUUUAUUUAUCAUUUUUACACAUUGUAAUUAGAUGGCCAUAUUGGUCGAUCCUUUGUUUGUUUGGUUUGUCAUUUCUGCGAAAUGAUUGGUCGCCAACGUGCCGAAUUCUGGGCAAACUUUAAUAAAUUUGAUACGUUUAUUUAA